UCAGAAGAGUGGAGCACAAUUAGGGUUAGGGUUAGGGCUUCUCCCUUCCUGGCAAAAUCAUCCCUUUGAGCCGCCAUUGAAGAUGACUGGUAAGGCGAAGCCAAAGAAGCAUACAGCGAAGGAGAUUCAAGCGAAGAUCGAUGCUGCGUUGACUAAUCGAGGCGGAGGAAAAGCUGGAAUCGCUGAUCGGACUGGAAAAGAGAAAGGAGGUCACGCUAAGUACGAGUGUCCUCAUUGCAAAAUUACGGCUCCGGAUCUAAAGACGAUGCAGAUCCAUCACGAAUCCAAGCAUCCUAAGAUCAUUUAUGAGGAAUCAAAGCUCGUGAAUCUCCAUGCUGUUUUAGCACCAGUAGCUGAAUCGAAACCUAAACCUGGUAUCAGGGGAAGCUUGAAGAAGUAACUCUAUGUUUCAAUUUUAUCAAAAUUUGUUAUCUUUUGAUUUUGAAGAUUGUAAUGUGCUACUUAUUACCCCAAAUCUAUCAUGGUGUUGCUGUUAUUUGGUUUAGCUUUGUAGUUUCAAUCUUACAUAACAUUUUAAGGGCAAGAAUCUUACAUAGCUUUGUAGUGAUGUUAAAUCAACAACCUCUGUAUUUUUUUUCAGACAAGUUUUAGAUCAUCAAGAUAAGCAAAGCAAGCAUAUGAUUGUGUUGUUAGUUGAAAUUCUGCAGAACACACUUAGUUUAGUGGUUUAGGUAUUAGGAUUAAGGAGCUUGAAGCUUGUUUGCCUAUUGAAGCUGCAAACGCAUCAAUGUGCAGACAUCUUCUUGUUUUAAAUCAAAUACUCUGUUUCUG